CCUCACAUUUCGAGCAAGCUUUGCGCGGCGCCGCAUCACAGCUCGACCUCCUGCUGCCGAACCAGUGCGCAGAACUGCUCGGCGCACCACAUUUAUUCGUGAGUCAUCAGCAAUUGGUCGAAACGCAGCCGCAGAGAGCCGCCUGUAGAGUUGUGGAGGCACCCCAGUUGGGAGCAGCUUAAAAUCCCUUGGUGCGCGCGCGCAUCACGAGCACUGCGGGGGCCGAAACGAUGACGACGAUGCGCGACCAGCAGAACGGCAAGACGAACAAGGCCAUUCCCUUGAUCCUAGAAAACGAGGGCCGCUACGAGGUGAGCGAAGAGGCCACGAAGCUCCUAGAUGAUUUACCGGCGCCCCUCGCCGUCGUCUCCAUCGCGGGGCUGUGGCGCACGGGCAAGAGUUACUUACUGAAUCAACUGAGCGGCGCCACCUGUGAUAAUGACAAAACCGGCUUCCAGGUCGGCGCGUCGGUAAAUGCCUGUACCAAAGGUUUGUGGCUCUGGGGCGAGCCCGUGCGGCUGCCGGACGGGCUGACGGUGCUGUUCAUCGACACGGAGGGUCUGGGAUCGACCUCGAGAACACAGACGGAGGACUCGCAGAUCUUUUCCCUAGCUUUACUAUUAUCCUCAUUAUUCGUCUGGAACAGCCGAGGCGUCAUCGACGGCAACGCCCUCGAAGAUUUUGCGCUAGUAGUCAACUUAACGAAGCACAUCCACGUGAGAUCAGAAGCGGCGAAGAAAGCCCUCGAGGCUCAUGAUGCUAAAGGUGCCGAGAAGCACUUCGUGCAUAGUGGCGGCGGCUUGAGCGCGGGCGCGUCGGCGGGCGCGGGGUCCGCGGGCCACGAGCUCGACGAGCUGGCGCAGCACUUUCCCGGCUUCCUCUGGGUCGUCCGCGACUUCACUUUGAAACUCGAAGACAACGGGCGGAGGAUCAACGACCGGCAGUACCUAGAAAACGCGCUAAAGCCCCAGCGGUCCUUCACGAGCGAGGCGGCGAGUCGGAAUCAGAUCCGGACGUUGCUCGGGUCAUUUUUCAGAGAGCGCGACUGUGUGACGCUCGUGCGGCCGGCCGAGGACGAAGCUACCUUAAAAAAGUUGUCUCAAGUACCCGUCAGUUCAUUACGGCCGGAGUUUCAAAGAGGAUUGGCCAACCUCAAGGACAAGGUGUAUGCUCAAACUAGAGCGAAGUCUGUCAAUGGAAGAGCUCUCAGUGGCGCGAUGCUCGCGACGCUGGCGAAAACUUAUGCUGAUGCGUUAAAUGCCGGAGGUGUCCCUACGAUCUCGACGGCCUGGGACCGCGUCCUCCAAUCCCAAGCGGCGGAAGCGGUCGGUAAGUGCCUCGAGGACUACGAUAAGAGUGCCUGUUCGACGCAUGAGCUGCCUGAUGCUUCCGUGCUGUCCGCGAAGUCGUACGAUGAGGACGCCAUUUCUACCAUAGUGUCGCAGUCCAAACUCCCGCUGUCGAACGAUGAAGUCAGAAAAGCCCAUCAGGACCGCGUGCUGAAGAGCGAAAAAAAGUAUGCGAAGGCGGUCUGGGCCGACUCCUCUCAAAACCCCGAGCAGGACCAAUUAUCCGCUCUCGAUGAUGCUCUUGACUCUCGCUUGAAGCGUGUGCUGGAUCUCAACCGAGCGGCGUCGCAGCAACAGUGCGAUGAACUCGCUGAUUCGAUAUCAAAACAAUUUGAGUCUGAUAUGAGUAAAUUGAUCCAGACGCCUGGUCGUUCAGCAAAAGGCGCGUCCUACGGUGAAGUGGUAAGGGAGGAGACCCUGCAAGAUCGAAAUGCGUUCAUGAAGGACCUGGACGCGAGGAAAGCGUUCCUGCGGACGUGGCGUCCUAGUGCCGAGAAAGCGUCAAAACAAUAUUUCAAGGAAGCGAGAGGGCCCUGUUCCGGCGACGUCUAUUGUAGUAUCGUGGCUCCACGAUUGUUAGCUACUAUUUCUACUUGGGCGACGACCCUCGGUGUCGAGCAUCGCGCCGUACAAAAAUUAGCAAGAGCGGACGCGUCGAAGGCCGAGGAGCAGGCCCAGGCGGCGCGUGGGAGGUUAGCGGCGUCCAAGACCGCCGCUGUGCGCGAGCGAGACGCUUUAGAUCGAGCCGCGGAUGCUGCUGAGCUUGAAGGCAAAGGGGCACUUACUGCUUUGGAACGAUUAGCUGACUCUCGAAGAAGUGAACUAGCACGCCACGAAGCCGCUUCCAAGAGAUUGGAGGAGGCCUAUCAAUAUGCAUCAUCGUGCCUCGACGGUCAAGCGGACGCCGUGAACAGUAUUGGAGAACAGGCGAAGGAGGGCCUGACGACCGUAAGAACCAAAAGUAGGGCGGCCAUCGAGGACUCGGCGAAUGCGGCCUCGGAGAACGACGCCGCGGAGGCCUGGGACGCCCACGACCUCGGGUUCGAGCGUGACGAGCUCGCGGAGUUCGCGCCGUUGCGCUUAGAUGCGUUGCGGGACAGGAUAGCCGAGGACGAGAAGGAGUUGGAGUUGAUGCACGAGCACGCCGCGUUGACCAUCGAACAUGCGAAAGUGAAGAAGAUGCUGCUCGCGGAUAAAGAUCAUGAGCUAAGGGAGUAUGAGUACCAGUGGGGCGUGGCCAAGGCGAACGUCGCGGCCUCGGAAGGCGAAUUGAUGGUCGUCGAGGAGGAGGUGGCUGUUCUGCGCGGUUUAGUGUUGCAGAUGCACAAGCACCUGGCCGACGCUUCACGAAGUGGUCGCUUCCCGGCGGACGUCGCGCGGGGCCUGCCGCGGGACCAGAAGGCGCUGUUGGAGCAGCUGCUGGACGGGCGCUAGUUUUUUGGGGAUAACUUUUCUUACACAUACAGCAUCUGGUGGUUCUUGCGUCGCGGCGAUGGCGUUCGCCCGCCACGACGCCAUCGCGGCCAGUGGGUAGAGCUCCCGCCACGAGCGCCAUCGCCGCGAUAUAAGGGUGGGGCAGAACCACUCCCGCCGUCAACACGCCAUCGCCGCGACAUGGACGCACGCACGUCCUAC